AUGAAUACUCUCGGUGAAUACAAGUGGAUGAAACGGUGUUCGGACAGCCGAAUUCGCAGUAAAUUAUACGGCAGCACAGACACUCAUCCCGCCACCCUCUUCCUCACCAUCAAGGCGCCGACUACCGCCAACGUCCAAGAAGAUCCGGCCUCACGUGAGAUUGACCUAUCUACAACUACAAGCAUCGGGCGAUACUUGACCGUCAAGCGAGAUGAGGACAGUGACGGUGACGGGGAAGAUAUACACGUCAAGACUCUCAGCGUCAGCAUGCCAGUCCACAGCGGGAGUGGGGAGAGGUUAGACAUCAAUCAGGCGAGCAAGGAUGAGGACUGGAGGCGGGAGACCAGCGAAUGGAUGAGGGACUACGCUCGGUCUGUGUGGGAAGGUCUCUCGAGCAGCGAUACAGAGAAGCUGCUGCCAAAGUCUUUCACCAUUCGGGAGACGACCGAGAUCGAUCCUGCGGAUAUGGAGCUCAAGGAGGAGUACGCUGCCGGAGAAGGAGGUACGCAGGAGGUGUGGUUGAGGUUCACAGUGUCGAAUCCCGGUGAACCCAUCAUUGGAGAGGAUCAGGAAUUGACGAGGUUCGGCACGCCCACACGGUACGACAGCUCGGUGUACGACGCGUCGGAAUCUUCCAGCGCAGCUGGUCCAUCGACUUCCACCUCAGGCCAUGAAGUCACGCACGCGGAUUACAGCUCCCUCCUCCCUGACGGUGUUCGCGGGAAGAAGAAGCUCGAGUGCGAGGGCCAGAGUUUCGCCCCACCGAGCAUCGUGGUCACUCGAGCUUCGAGUAGCGAGUCUGCCUCAUCGGACGCGUCGUGGAACUCUACGAUGCAAGAUCCGACGGUGAUGUUGAAAGUUCCCCGGCGGUCUUCUGAGCGGUAUACAUCCACCAUUCCCACCUGGGUGAAGCCAUCCGACGAUCAAGAUCCUCACUGCACUUUCUACGGUCCCCUCGGCUCUCCAGCCAAACGAGGCCAGCUCAUCGUCAACAUCGGAAUCCUGGCGGAAAAAAACGAGAGCGACGACGGGUCGUUGAGCUUGGACUUGGCGGUGUCCGGGACGGGAGAACACCGCAGGCUGCGUGCUGUGGUGCAACGUGGCGCAGGCGAUGAAUAUGACGAAUGGAGCGAAACGCCCCUCACUUUCGAGCUCGAUUCAAAGUCAGACAUCCCCAAGCUGCAGGCAUGGGUCACCGAGCUUGCCAUCGCCGCCCUGGACGCCGCCGAGGCGUCAAAGGUCAGUCUCUUCUCCCAUGAUUUUGUCCGCACCGAUAAGACAGAGUACGAGCUUGAUGGUGCCUGUCUGCGCUCAAUGACGGAUGGUCGCAAGGGCAAGAAGAAGGUGCCGGUCUGGCUCAAGGUGUCGGUGUACAAUCCGCCGGAUUUGCGGCCCCUGGACAAGGCGUUGUCGAGCAGGACGGCUCAGAGCGGCAGAGCGUCAACGAUGCAGUCGAUACAGGAGGAGUGA